AUAAUCAUUCCCAAAUCUAAUCAGAUCAUUGCAAUUGUAGAUGUCUCCACAUCCCUGUUUUGUCUGCAAUUCGCCUGCCAAUGAGUGUCACUUUGGCUCUAGAUCUCAAAUCUGCAGAGCAUGCUCCGCCUUCUUCCGUCGUUACGUACUCUCUCCAAAAUCUGCUAUAAAAUGCCGGAAAGAUAAAUCGUGUCGCAUUCACUACAAAGACCCAAAAAUCUGUCGAUUCUGUCGUAUGGAACGAUGCGUGCUGGCUGGCAUGAAGACCACUGCUGUCCAACCGCCAAGAGAAAAAUAUAGUGAAGAUAGAGGUGACUCGGAAACCAGUUCAUGCUACAGUUCAAGUCCGUAUACACACGAAGUUCAAAGUUGCUCUCGUGACAUUCCGCGACUCCAUAGACUCAGCGUACAUUUCAAGAAUCUGGAAAGUGUUCGGAAACUUGAGUUUCAAAAUCAAGAGCCACCAAAGUCAAGAAAUAUGGUAGAGCUCAUCGAGAUUUUGAAAAAAGAUAUGCGACUAGUGUCAACCUUCAUAGAUGGUGCCUAUCCAGAAAUUGGUAAACUUGGGCAUUUGGAAAAGAAGCAAGUAUUCUUGAAUUUUUUCAUAAAAUACAUGCUUGUUGAGCCUCCAUUUCUUAGCAUAUCAGCUGGAAGAAAGGAAAUGAUGCUUCCAAAUGGAGAUCAUUAUGAUGAAGAUUUGGGAGCUUUUUAUUCGACAAUAAAUGUUAAAAAGGAGGAAGCGGUACAUUUGUUCAAGCCAUAUUGGGAUGAAUACAAAAGGACUGUGAUUGAUGACGUUUCAUUUUUGAAACCAGACGUCUACGAAUUUCUUACAGUUUCCGGCUUGAUCCUUUGGGAUACUGGACUCGACGGGCUUAGCGAUCAAAGCAUCGAAAUCUGCCGGGCGAUGAGAGAAAAAUUAGUCGGUGAAAUUCAUUUCUACUACAAAAAUGUGAAGAAACUUGACGAUCCGUGUCUCCGACUCGGCCAAAUUAUGAUGAUACUUUCCUCGGUUCAAAAAUCGUUUGGAAAAUAUCAAGAGGAACUUCAAAUGUGUGGUUUCUUCGAGAUUUAUAAGAAUUUGGACCCAGAAGCGUGUCUCAUAAUUAACGAUUCUUUGCAGUUAUAAGAUUUUCCAAUCUAAAUUUGAAAGCUCUUCUUGCCGUAAUUUAUGUAAUUAUGAUGUUUUCUUAAGAAACGGAAAUAAAUGCAUUUCUUUUUU